CUCACCGCACAGAGCGGGAGAGGAGAGAAGAGAGAGGGAAGCAGCAGAAAGAGAAGAGGACGUGGAGAGGAUGCAAUGAGCCUCCCACUAUAGUCGCAGCCCACCGGCGGACUACAGGACUACAUCUGAAGGACUCCAAAUUCUCACAUCCCUCCCUCUUUCUCCUCUCCUAUUCUUUAAGAGGCAGACUUAUAUUCAUCUUUUUUUUUUUUGCUGAGUUUUUAUCCAAGAGGACUUCCAUCUGUCGGGUGCACACAGAAGGCACAGGUUCAGCACCAGGAGCUGUCCGGUGCUGAACUUGCUUUCGGAAGGAGCCAGCAGAGGAAUUUCCCUACAGUCUUCCAAAUCUCCAAACAAAGGUCACGCUGGACAGGCUGGACCGCUGUGUUUGGGUGUGUGUGGACUUGUGUGUCUGAGCGUGUGUGUGUGUGUGUGUGUGUGUGUGUUUUGCACAACCAUGCCGAGGUCUUUCCUGGUGAAAAAGGUGAAACUGGAUGAUUUCUCCACCGGGUCUGAUUUGGAGCACGCAUACCGGCCCAGGACAGCGCUCAGUUUGCGGCUCCAUGACAAAGCAGGUUACAUCAGCGACUACAUCAGUCCGUCUGUGUAUGAUGGCGAGAGUGACGGCGGGAUCAAGGUGCCCUCCCCGGACCCCCUCUACGAUGGCAUCCACAGUGACUACGGAGCCCCGGAUUCGGAGUCCCCGGACAGCCCGGGCUCGGAACUCACAGACGGCUACAUCAACGGCGACGCCGCCGUCAGCGAAGGCUACACAGUGGACGCCUUCUUCAUCACUGACGGCCGCUCGAGGAGGAAAGCCAUGGGCAGCCCCCGCAGCAUCCAGAGGCACACAUGCAACGAGUGCGGCAAGACCUACGCCACCUCGUCCAACCUGAGCCGGCACAAACAGACGCACCGCUCGCUGGACAGCAAGCUGGCCAAAAAAUGCCCCACCUGCGGCAAAGUAUACGUGUCCAUGCCCGCCAUGGCCAUGCACCUGCUCACGCACGACCUCAAACACAAGUGCGACGUGUGCGGCAAAGCCUUCAGCCGGCCCUGGCUCCUGCAGGGCCACAUGCGCUCCCAUACGGGCGAGAAGCCCUUCGGGUGCGCCCAGUGCGGGAAGGCCUUCGCAGACCGCUCGAACCUGCGCGCUCACAUGCAGACCCACUCCACCUUCAAACACUUCAAGUGCAAACGCUGCGACAAGACCUUCGCGCUCAAGAGUUACCUGAACAAGCACUACGAAUCGGCCUGCUUCAAAGGCCCCUUUUCCCCUCUCGGGACACUGGAUGCAUGACCCCGCCCACUUCCCUCCCUCCCUUGCAAAAAAAAAACGAAUUCACUCCUGCAAACUGUUUUUAUUCAGACCUCACUCUCUCUCUCGCUCUCUCUCUCUCGCUCUUCCACGCUCACAUUGUGCACCUCGCUUUCCCCUGGAGCCAAUUAACGCUGAUGAAGAUAGCACAAUUUUUCCCACCUUGACAUCAAGGACUGGACUGUUUUACGCAUGCACUUCCAGACAAAAACAAACUGAUCACCUCGUCUUUCUGCUCUGUACAGAGGCAAUAAUAAUGCCACCGAUAGGAAUAUAGCUUCUAUCUAUCCACGGAUUAUUAUGAUGAGGUUGACACGGAGCUAACGGCUGGCUUCCUCUCUGCACUAUGACGCUUACAACCACUUUUUUUGGAGGAAUAAUAGUAAUAAUUAUAGUAAUGAUGAUAAUAAUGCACCAAGUGACCAUAUUCUCUCCACUACUGAGGAAAAACAUAUUUGUUAUUAUUAUUUAUUUAUCUAUUUAUUUAUUAUGAAUGUGUUUUUUAUUUUGUAUUUGUGUAUUUUUUUUAAUCACAACAGGCCAAAGCAUAUGCCACUUUUUUGUACUAUUUUUUCUGUUUCUGUUUUUUUUUUUUUUCACAAAUUGCAUGCAAAAACACACAAAAAAACUAUGCCAACAUCAUAAAAGUUUUUCUUUGCCAAAAUUCCAUACAUAGAACCGAGGGGCAAUAUUUUUCUCUUGGCGCCUCUAUAGGACUUUUUUCGAAGCAAUAAUCACACUAAUGCAUGGUAUUUUACGAAGUAUUACCUACUACUGUAUAGCAGUUUGAAAAAUCAGGUAUGUUUUACUUCACUUAUAGUCAACGAAACAGAAAAAGGCAAAUAUUACAUACAUCAGGGAACAUGCCAAUGUAGUGUUAGCGAAAGAAAAGAAAAAAAGAAAAGAAAAACAUAUUUUCCUCUGGUGUUAUGCACUGCCUGCCUCUUAGUGAGUAGAACUAAUGUAGGGUUUUAGGGAAGAGAGCUGGGUUCGGCCGCCUUGGUUCCUUUAAAAAACACAGUGCAAUCCUAAUAUUUAAGGUAAAAAAUAAAAAACACCCCUGCGGUGAUCUGCAGGUGCAUGAAGCUGAAGUGAAGUUUCAGCAAGUUGGAUGUUGCACUGUGGUCAAGUUGAAAUGCAAUGCAUUAUUCAACCGCACAUCCUUUCAAACCAUAAAGCGUGCAUUCUUAGACCGCGGAGAAAAAGCAUGCACUUAUAUAGCUGGAUGGUCUUGCACCUUCACGGUCACACUUCUUUUACGUCAGCCAGAGCCAUACAUUCCCAGUGAUUCAGUAGAUGAAGCUAUAGAGAACAAUGCACAUGGCUGAUUGCAGUGCGGCUGAGGCCAGCUCUCUAACCCCCACCAAAAAAACAAAAAAACAUCCAAUGCAGAUACCUGGAGCUUCCCUGGAGACACACGGAGAACACAUGCACGAAAAAAAAACAAAAAACGAUUGCCGUUAUGUAAGCUUGCAUAGCCACACACUCGGAGAACAUCUGUCCGAUUAAACGCCUCAAAUCCCUUUUCCAACAAUUGGAGAAUAAUAGGUUUGAUAUGAACAAGAGAUUCUCUCACAAAGACCGUGUGAUGAUUGCAGCACUUCCUCAGGCGUGUUUAACCUUUAUUUCAGCCGAGAUGAAGAGUUUGGGAUUCAAUCGGUGAUUCAGCUUUCAGAACAUUUUUUUUUUUAGGGGUUCUAAGGACAAAAGCAAUGAUGGCCUACUUUCACCUUCAUCUCAGACAGAAAGUAACACAAACACAUCUGAGAAGGUUGUGAAGACUGCAGUUUUAUACGGAUCUGUUAUGUUGCCCAUCUGAUCUUGAGCCUUUGAAAAAUGAGCCUCAAAUGCACUGCAAAUGUUUUAUCCAGGACUUUAAAAAAUAUAAUAUAAUAUAUAUAUAUAUACACACGGUAUUUUUCGGAUUAGAAAUCGCAUAUAUAAAUCGCACUGGAGUAUAACUCGCAUUUUUGGGGGAAAUUUAUUUGACAAAAAACAACACCAACAAUAGACAUUUGAAAGGCAAUUUAAAAUAAAUAAAGAAUAGUGAACAACAAAUAGCCAACUGAGAAGGUGCCUGGUAUGUUAACGUAACAUAUUAUGGUAAGAGUCAUUCAAAUAACUGUAACAUAUAGAACAUGCUAUACGUUUACCAAACAAUCUGUCACUCCUAAUCGAUAAAUCUGAUGUAAUCUUCUUCCUUGAUGUUGCUUCUCAACAACUAUGCCAACUCCAAAGGUAUGCGCCGCUUCCUCUUGUCGUUUUCUGCUGCAUAUUUCACGACGUCCAGCUUGUAAUCUGCAGUACAUGAUUUCCUUUUCUGUACCAUUUUUGUUCACCCCUUCUCAGUGUUUAUAACUUACCGCCAACGUUGAAAUGAUUUUAAUAGCUACAGCAAUAGCAUAUAGCAUAUAGCAGUUAGCAUCCCAUGACCAACAAUGCACUUCUGCCAUAACCCUCCCCCGUGAUAGAGUGAUUCGAGCACAAAGUUCUUCAUCACAAAAAACAUUCAUCAAGUUUGGUUCUUUUAAGAAUUUAUUAUGCGUCUACUGAAAAUGUGGCCAAAUCUGCUGGGUCCAAAGUAAUCAUACGGCAAUGUUAAUGUUUGGUCACGUGUCGCUUGGCAAGUUUCACUGCAAUAAGGCAAUUUUGGUAGCCAUCCACAAGCUUCUGGCAAGCUUCUGGUUGAGUUUUUGACCACUCUUCUUGACAAAAUUGGUGCAGUUCAGCUAAAUGUGUUGCUUUUCUGACAUGGGCUUGUUUCAGGACUUUGGGAAGGCCAUUCCAAAACCUUAAUUCUAGCCUGAUUUAGCCAUUCCUUUAGCACUUUUGACUUGUGUUUGGGGUCAUUGUUCUGUUGGAAUACCCAACUGUGUCCAAGACCCAACCUCGGGCUAAUGAAGAAUUUGGAGGUAAUCCUCCUUUUUCAUUGUCUCAUUUACUCUCUGUAAAGCACCAGUUCCAUUGGCAGCCGUGAAUUAAUUAACGUGGACCCCGACUUAAACAAGUUGAAAAACUUAUUCGGGUCUUACCAUUUAGUGGUCAAUUGUACGGAAUAUGUACUCUACUGUGCUAUCUGCUAAUAAAAGUUUCAGUCAAUCAGCCAUCAAAACAGGCCCAGAUCAUAAUACUACCACCAGCAUGCUUGACGGUGAGGAUGGUGUUCCUGGGAUUAAAGGCCUCACCUUUUCUCCUCCAAACAUAUUACUGUUCUAUGUUCUACCAAUAUGCUUAAAAUGGUCCAAGUUCCUGUAUACAACAGGUGCACUUCAGUGUUUUUUUAGGAAUUUUCUGCAAAAAUGUUUGACUCCUAAAUUUUGAACUGAACUUGGCGGCUAGUGUAGUAUCACUCCCGGGCUAAAUUUGGCAUGGCCCUGCAUUCCGCCAACAACGGAUAAAAACGCUCUUAAUCAAUUAACUUUCAUGUUGAAGCUGCAAUUUUACAUAUGUUGGAUUCAAACACCUGCGCAAACCAGUGCUCUCCAGGCAAGCUCCGCACCUUUCGCUCUCUAAGCACUUCCAUUCUAAUCAUCGCCACCUUAAAAAGAAAGUAGCACAAUGAAACAAACUAGUAAUUCAGGUAGAGAAGUAAAAUUGAAAACUUGUACUUGCUUAACCUCUCUUCAUUUUGUUUCCCCCUUUUUUUUGUAUUUCCAAGCUGAAGGGCAACUAAAUAAUCAUUUAUUGGACAAGGGUUUGUUAAAAAAAAUUAAAAAUAAAAAAAGAAUGAUAAUAGAAAAAGGAUUGAGGCGUUUUUACUGCUGUACAGUGAUAUCUGACACACUUUAUCUCUGGAGAUCUAGAAGGAUCUCCUGGGUCUUUUGAGCCAGUAUUUAGACAAUGUAAGCACAAUGAACACAAAGCAUUUUGUGGCACUUCAUAAUAAAGAACUAUCUUAACCAACAUAUUGUCCAUGUGUGAUCCUUUUUGGAGAAGAAGCUGGAUGAUGACUCUCUGUGCACACAAGCACAUAUUAGCACAGUCAAUAUUGUAUGUUUAAAGAGAUGCAGAUGAGAUAGAGGGAGGGCACAGUGGGCUCAUUAGCGCUCCUGAGGCUGGAGGCUGCCCACUGCCAGUA